UGGCGUGCGCUUCAGUUAGCAACCCUCCUACUGUCAAGCAGAGCACUUGACAACGUGCGCUAGCGCAAGCUUGUAGGAACAACACAAGUGUACUUCAUCUUUGUAGUACAGAGACAACAGGAACUAUCGAGCUGUCUCCAUUAAUUAUAUCUCCCUGCUAAUCUUCCAAUAAUAUAGGGAUAGCAUAACCAGACUCGUCUUUAGGACAAGACGUUUAGCUCCCAGACUAGCAUUAGCCGUCACUGAUCAGUGUUCUUUUGUGGUGCUGCUCUCAAUAUACCAAAUAUGACUGCAGAAGAGGUGGCAAACGAAGGGCAGACUAUCCCCAUUGAAGGAGAAGACAUAACUCCUAAGAAGGAUGGAGGAGUUUUGAAGCUGCUGAAGAAGGAGGGGACAGGUAGUGAGUUUCCCAUGACUGGCGAUAAGGUGUUUGUGCACUAUGUGGGAACCCUGUUGGACGGCAGCAAGUUUGACUCAAGCCGUGACCGUGGCGAGAAGUUCAGCUUUGAGCUUGGCAAAGGUCAGGUGAUCAAGGCAUGGGAUAUUGGUGUGGCAACCAUGCGAGUGGGGGAGGUGAGCCAGCUCAUCUGUAAGCCGGAGUACUCGUACGGAGCAGCCGGAAGCCCGCCCAAAAUCCCACCCAAUGCCACACUUGUAUUCGAGGUGGAGCUCUUUGAGUUCCAUGGGGAGGACAUCAGUCCGGAUGAGGAUGGAGGAAUAAUCAGGCGCAUCCUGACAAAAGGAGAAGGGUACAGCAAGCCCAAUGAAGGAGCAGCUGUAGAAGUGAGUAUUGAGGGUAAAUUUGAGGACCGUGUGUUUGAUGAGCGGGUGCUGAAGUUUGAGCUGGGCGAUGGAGAGAGCUUAGACCUGCCGCCAGCUGUGGAGAAGGCCCUGCAGAACAUGGAGCAGGGAGAGGAGGCCCUCAUCACCGUCAAACCAAAGUAUGGCUUUGGAAGCACCGGGAGUGCCAAAUUCAACAUUCCUGGGGAAGCAACACUACAGUAUAAAAUCAAACUCACUACGUUUGAAAAGGCUAAGGAAUCGUGGGAGAUGAAUACGGAUGAGAAGCUGGAACAAAGUGGCAUUGUUAAGGACAAGGGCACACAGUACUUUAAGGAUGGCAAGUACAAACAGGCCUCUGUGCAAUACAAGCGUAUCAUCUCCUGGCUGGAGCCUGAAAAUACUCUGAAGGGGGAGGAUGAACAGAAGGCCAAAGCGUUGCUGUUGGCUGCUCACCUCAACCUGGCCAUGUGCUACCUGAAGCUGCACGAGCACAGCCUGGCCCUGGAGAGCUGCGACAAGGCCCUGGAGUUGGAUGCGAACAACGAGAAGGCCCUCUUCCGACACGGGGAGGCGCUGUUUGGCUUGAAGGAAUUUGAGCGUGCCCGGGACGACUUCACACGCGUCACCCAGCUCUACCCUGCCAACCGGGCAGCCAAGGCCCAGGUGCAGGUGUGCCAGAAGCACAUGAAGGAGCAGCACGAGAAGGACAAGCGCCUGUACGCUGGAAUGUUCCAGAAGUUCGCCGAGAGGGACGCUAAGAGGGAAUCCACUCCGGUGAAGGGGAAGGAGAACGGAGACGGAGACGCAAUGGACGUGGAGGAGAACGGAGCGCAGGAGCAAACUGCAGCAUGAGCGCGCAUCUGACUCUCUCUCUGUGUCUGUGUGUGUGUGUGUGUCCAUGUCUGUGUGUCUGAGUGAGACAGUGAGCGCGUCUGAAGAUCAGUACUGUCUUUAUUUUUAUCGUUAAUUUUUCUGUUUUGUAUCUGCUUUGAGGCGUCUUAGCGCUGCAAUGGACAGUACUGUACCAGCUCUGUCAUCUCGUGUGUGUGUGUGUGUGUGUGUGUGUGUGUGUCUGUCUGUCUGUCUGUCUGUCUGUCUGUCUGUCUGUGUGUGUGUGUGUGUAGAAAGGCAGCUAGCUGGCGUGUGUCUGCUUGAAGGCUUUCGAGGAUGAAAAGGUGAUUAGUCCCAAAGACGGCACUCCUACUGCACUGCCCAUUGCUCUCCUAGACCACUGUCCUCACACAUGAUUGGUUAACUUUCUCCUGACUGACAGCUGGAGGGGAUGCUGCCACUGCACUCCCCUCCGCCCCUUCCCACCUAACCUCUUCCCAUAUGCACUAAACAUGCGCAUGCAUGCUUGCAUUCUUGCUCAUUUGGAAGAUCACCUGUUCCUUUACUGAAGCCAUUUGAUCAACAACGCACCCCCCGAUACCACCAUCACCACACACACACACACACACACACACACACACACACACACACAGUCACGCACGCACGCACCCACACACACACACACACACUCACACGAUUCUGUCUAAUUCCUGAGAUGUAUGGCACUAUGUGAGAACCUUCUGGGUGCUAAGGGUCCCUCCUGCUCUCUGUAAAUGUGUGUUUGUUGUGAGAGGAGAAAAACGGGGGGUUGAGUGUGUGAGGAGAGGAGAGCUUCUGAAAAUGUAAUCCGAGCAUCUGAGGACAAUGCUGGGGUGACAUGACUGUUUUCUCUGUUGUGUUUGUUUUUUUUGUUUUUUUUUCCAUUUGUCCUCUUUUGCAAUGUAUAGGUAUGUUCUGAAUUCUAAUUGGUUUGACCUGAGUUCUUUUUUUUGUUUGCUUUGCUUUGUUUUGUUUAUUUUAUUUUUUUUUACUUUCAGUGUCAAUUGUAUAAUCUUAAUCACGAGACUGUAAAUGUUAAUCUAAUGACAAAAACAGAUAAACUAUCAAAACUGGACAACUCCAGGGAAUUGGGAAUGAAUUUAUCCUUCCAAUGCAGUUACCAAAUGUAUCUCUCUCUCUCUCUCCCUCGCUCUCGCUCUGUUCGUAAGUGCAGACUCACCCCCUGGGAGACCGAACAGUUAGCCUUGCAUAGCGUCGUUAGCGGUUAGUGUCGUAGGAGAAGAGAUAUUGGGGUAUGUGUGUGUGUGUCCCUCGGGCAGACUCGCCUCCCCAGAUGUUCUGAUGUCACAGAAACGUAAUGUGUCACUGAUGGUGAAUAAAGGAUAAAACUUCCA